ACUAAAGUAAGUAAGGACGGCCAUCUGCUGUUUUGUUGUUGGUUAACCUCGUUUCGUUUCGUUUGUACGUUGUGUAAUAGAAUCACUAAUCACAUAUCGUUUUUAUUAGUUCGCUUUUGCUAUAAAAGCGUAAAGUGUUUGUUGAUCAUGCUCAUGGAGGACGACGAAAAAAAAUCUGUGUGGGAUUUUUAUAAUAAGUGUGUAAGUGAUGAUGACAAUGAGAAAAGAGCGCAAUGUAUAAUUUGUAAUAACGUUUACAGCUAUAAUUCAACAAUACAUAAUUUAAAAACACAUUUAUUGAGACUUCAUAAGGAUAUUAUACCUUCUGACCUUGAUCUUGGGACCUUAAAUCGAAAUACAACAGCUAAAGCUCCCAAAGGUCAACUUAGGAAAGAACUUUCAGAACACUCUCUGUGCGAGCAUGAAGAAAAACUGGCAACUUGUAAUUAUUGUAAAAAACAGCUGUCUUUUAAAACUACAUCUGGAAAUUUGAAAACGCACUUGCGUCGCGCACACUCUUCUUUAUUUUAUAAAUGGUUUUCGGAUUAUGAGGAUCAUGAGGUAACUCUAGAAGAAGACUCAUAUAUUACGUUAGUACAGAAUACACAAAAACACCAUGACAAACGCCGCCGUAGAACGAUUAAUAGAGUAUGUUAAGCAGCAUCCCUGUUUAUACGAUUCAUCCCAUAAGGAAUACAAGAAUGUUGCGACAAAAAAUGAAAUUUGGGAAGCCAUCGGCAGGGAGUUAGAUACUACCGGAGAUUUUGUCAAGAACAAAUGGAAAACGCUUCGAGAUGGUUUCACGAAGAAUAAGAAACAGCUUAAAGAAAAGACUUUAAUGAAAACUUAUACUUGGGCGCCACAACUCGCUUUUCUAGAGAACUACCUUCAGAAACAAACAACAAUAGACUUGACGCCAUCGUCGCCGGUAACCAUAGAUUUCGAUCCUUUUGCUUCGAUAGAUAAUAAUGAGACAUCUUCAGACAAAGAAUUGCCGGUAGAGGAUACAGUGCCCAUCGACAAAACAUCUACAAUCCCAAGAAGAAAAUCAACUAAACGAAAGAUAUCGGAAGACGAAGACGACAUUACCAGAAUAAUUGACUUUUUGAGUAAAAAAAAGAAUAAAGAUGAUGCAAUCAGUCAUCUAUUUUUAAGCUACGCAGAAACCUUCAGGAAAUUCCCAGUGAAUGAACAAAUUACACUCAAAGUUCAACUAGCAAAGUUAUUUUCGCAUGCCGAAUUAAAGUUCGUUUCUAAUGUUGAUAAGAACAAAUUUAUUUUACCGACUAACGAAGAGGACCUAUUGCAGACGGAAGAUGAAGAAAUGAAUCAGCAGCGUCGUGUGAAGACAGAAACUGAAGACGCUCAAUAUUGCACAAAUGAAGAACCACUGGAGAAUAUUCAUGAUCAACGCACAGAAAUGAAAAGUGAGCCAAGGGAAAUCGAAGACAAUGAUCAUUUAUUAUCAAAACAACUCCGAGACAAAGCAGACGAGUUAAAAAAAGCGAAUGAACAACUAUUUAGCCUUAACGAAGAGUUAGAAAGAUUGAAAACUAGAAACUUUGCUCUAGAAACUAGAAAUGCAAACUUAGAAGCUGCAAUGGCUGAUCUUAAGAUGAGACUGAAUAAUCUAGUUUAAAUCUAAAAUUAAUUAAAUAUUUUACAAGGAAGAAAUAAAAUAAUCGAUUUUACAGCUAAAACACUUGUAAAAAUAAAAAAAUAUGUUUAAAAA